AUGGCCCUCGCGGCCCUGCUGACCUCCACGCGGGCCUGUGAAGUGCCCGACACCCAGUCAUUCCAAUCAACUCCCCAUAGUUACCCCAAGGACGCCAUUCCCGAUGUCAUUCGCGAACUAGGUGUCCUGCUCUCAACCAACGCAUCCAUUUUCGAGGCCUCCGAUCCCCGCUGGGGGAAUGCCACGGCGCGGUAUAACACGGUCGUAACGCCUAACAUCCAGCUGGUCGUGCAACCAGGCGUGGAAGGAGACGUCUCUACCGUUGUCAAAUACUGCAACCGCCGCAGCAUUGACUUCAUGGCCGUCACCCGGGGCCACUCGUUCAGCACUGCAGUCGGUGCAUUCAGAGGGAUUCAGAUUGACAUGUCCUCGCUCCAGACUUAUACCAUCGAGCCGGACGGGCAGUCUGCGUGGUUCCAGGGCGGGAGCUACGGCGGCUCUGUGAUUGACAGUCUCUGGGAGGAGGGCUAUGUGCUGACAACGGGCAGCUGCACCUGCGUCGGGCUCGUCGGCCCCGGCCUCGGCGGCGGCCACGGCCGCCUCGAAGGCCAAUACGGUCUGAUCAGCGACAACUUCAUCAACCUGAACGUCGUGCUGGCAAACGGGUCCGCAAUCCGCGUCAACGCAACCCGCAACAGCGACCUGUGGUGGGCGAUGCGCGGCGCCGGCCACAACUUCGGCAUCGUCACCAGCUUCCAGAUGAAGAUCCACCCGCGCACGGUCGACACCUGGCACUACCACAGCUACGUCUGGUCGGAAGAUAAACUGGAGACCGUCUUCGAGCGGCUGAAUACCUUCCACCGCAGCGAUGGCGGGACGACGCCGUUCCGGAUGACGAAUUUCGGGUACUUCCGGAUCGAGCAGGCGUUUAGCCCUAGCCCUGGCGAGCUUUCUAUCUACUACAUAAAGGCCAUCCUAUACUGGAUCUUCGUCUACGCGGGCCCCGCGUCUGAAGCCGAACCCCUCCUCGCCCCUUUCAACACCAUCCCCGCGCUGAACAGCUCCUCCGGCGACGUGCCCUACCCGCAAACCGCCAACUUCCUCGGCGCAAACACAGACAGUCCCGUCUGCGCGCCACACAACAAAAUGGCCAUCCGGACCGCCGGGACGCUGGUCUACAACGUCACCGCCGAGCGCCAGAUCUACGAGAGCUUCAACGCCCGGGCCGCGCGGUAUCCGGAGCUAGCCCCCGGCGCGACUGUCGUGCACGAGGGGUACGCGAAUAGAGCCGUGCAGGAGGUGGAUCCGGACACGUCGGCCUUUGCGUGGAGGGAGGAGAACCAUCUCAUGUAUGUCGGGAUAUACCUCCCUCCUGGCUCCGACCAAAUUGAUGCCGCGAUGGAAUGGGCAGAUGAGACGAUGGAUCUAUGGAAUGCGGGCCAACCGGAGCGUCGGCAUUCGACGUACGUCAACUAUGCGUGGGGAGAUGAGUCUCUUGAGUCGAUGUAUGGGUAUGAGCCCUGGCGGUUGGAGAGGCUGCGGGCGUUGAAGAGCGAGUAUGAUCCUGCGAACCGGUUUCGGUUUUAUAAUCCGAUUGAAUAG